CCAUAAUCUGGACAAUUCAAUCAUCAAGUAUUAAAGUAUCAUCGUUUUUUCUUUGUCAAUCAUCAUCAAACUAUCCAUUGUAUUCAAUCGAAUUUUAUUAAAUUGUGAGCAACAACAACAACAACAAAAUGUCGGUAGACGAAGCCAGUGCCGAUCGUAAUGUGCAGAUAUGGAAAGUGAAAAAAUUGAUUAAAAGUCUUGAAGCCGCUAGAGGGAAUGGAACAUCGAUGAUUUCAUUGAUUAUACCACCAAAAGAUCAAAUAUCACGUGUAUCGAAAAUGUUGGCUGAUGAAUUUGGUACAGCGUCCAAUAUAAAAAGUCGUGUAAACCGGUUAUCAGUACUUGGUGCUAUAACUUCCGUACAACAACGUUUGAAGCUUUAUACAAAAGUGCCACCAAAUGGUUUAGUUAUCUAUUGUGGUACGAUUGUGACGGAUGAAGGAAAAGAAAAGAAAGUCAAUAUUGAUUUCGAGCCAUUCAAACCGAUCAAUACAUCGUUGUAUCUAUGUGAUAAUAAAUUCCAUACUGAAGCAUUAUCCGCCUUACUUGCCGAUGAUAAUAAAUUCGGUUUCAUUGUUAUGGAUGGUAAUGGUGCAUUGUUCGGUACAUUGCAAGGAAAUACACGCGAAGUUUUGCACAAAUUUCCUGUCGAUUUGCCCAAAAAACAUGGUCGUGGUGGUCAAUCAGCGCUUCGUUUUGCUCGUCUUCGAAUGGAAAAACGCCAUAAUUAUGUUCGUAAAGUAGCCGAAGUUGCCACACAAUUAUUCAUUACAAAUGAUAAGCCCAACAUUUCUGGUCUUAUAUUGGCCGGAUCUGCGGAUUUUAAAACCGAACUUGCUCAGUCUGAUAUGUUUGACCAGAGAUUACAAACAAAAAUCUUGAAAUUAGUCGAUGUUUCUUACGGUGGCGAAAAUGGUUUCAAUCAAGCAAUCGAAUUGUCAACGGAAAUUUUGACCAACGUUAAAUUUAUUCAAGAGAAAAAACUUAUUAGCAAAUAUUUUGAAGAAAUCUAUCAAGAUACGGGAAAAUAUUGUUUUGGUGUCAACGAUACUUUGAAAGCAUUGGAAAUGGGAGCAGUGGAAACAUUGAUUUGUUGGGAAAAUUUAAACAUAACACGUUAUCAAUUGAAAAAUCCACAACUUGGUGAAGAAAAAGUUUUGCAUUUAACACCAGAACAGGAAAAAGAUAAAUCACAUUUUACGGACAAUCAGACUGGUGUUGAAUUGGAACUUGUUGAAUCGGUACCAUUAUUGGAAUGGUUAGCAAAUAAUUAUAAAAAUUUUGGGGCCACAUUAGAAAUCGUUACGGAUCGUUCACAGGAAGGAUCACAAUUUGUCAAAGGUUUCGGUGGUAUUGGUGGAUUACUUCGUUAUCGUGUCGAUAUGAAUUCAAUCGAAGGCGAUCAAGAUGAUGAUGAUAAUGUUGAUGAUUUUGAUGAAUUUGAUGGUCUUUAAAUGUCGUUUUUUUUUCUUCUUGGA